CCUCAGUUGGCGCGCGGCAUCCGUGUGAGGCGUAUCGCGCAUCGUGUUCCGCUACCGGGAGGCCGGUCGGUCGAUCGUGCCGGUCGACGAAACUCGACACUUGACGCACGCUCCGCGAAAAAUCGCCCGCGCCGCCGUUACGCGAACGAUCGCCGAUCGCCGAAAAGUCUAGCGCUUAGUCCUCAGUGCUCGGUAGUGUGAUCGACUCCCGGGGAAGUGAAUCCGCUCGGUCCCCCAUCGAUCGCGAUAGUUUUGAAGGAACUCCCGCUCGAGGGGGAAGACAGCCGUGAGUUUCGAUUACUUCGGAUCGAGGGGUGAGGGUGAGAGACAAGUACGGUUACGAGCGAUCUCCCGAUCUCUCCACGGUAUCGUCGUACCGGUGGCACGCACGUCCGUGCGACUACGCGCAUUAGGGACAUUAAGGGAAACGCGUGUUGCCGGCAUUGAGGGCCCUUCGAGCGGGCGAGCGAGCGAAGGGAGCCGCUCGUAAUCGGGAUCGAUCUCUCGCGUCGAUUAAAUUCAAAAUCGGGCCAAAGGGAAACGCCGGAGUGGCCGGAGUAGCUGCGUCGAAUUGCACGCGAGUUUCGGAUUGCAAACGCAAACGGUUAGCCGUGGGAAAAAUGAAACAAAAAUAACGGGGAUAAUAGUAGAGAAAUUGGAGGGAUCUCCUGGAUUUAUAAAUAUCCCGGACGAGGUUCGAGGUGCGCGCGGGAAAAGGAAGAAGGGAAGGAAGUGGGAGGAGGUCGAAGAAAAGCGGGGAGAAGAAACGUCGCCGCGGGUCCCGGGCGAUGAUUGCCGGGUAUUGCUCGAAUUAAAACUUCCGCGUAUACGUGUUGCGGGAUGUACGUCAUUUAAUUUCGCGCGGGAGGAAAACUCGACGACUGAAGGAAGAUCCUGGAAAAGUAGCGCGCCGGCAACUUGGCCGGGGACCAAUAUCUCGGGCUCUCUAGAGCCGCCGCACACACGUGGGACCACAUGUUGUGCUGCUCCGCGCGCGCGGAGAGUUAUCCCGGUUAUUUCUCCCAACAAUCGAGGAACUCGUAAUAACAAUACACGCGGGAUAGAGAGCGUUGAAGCUGCCGGAACCACCCCCCGCGGGAUUCCCCGCGCGUAGGAAGCACGCAGGAGGGGUCGGUGGAAGAAACGUUUAAUCCCGUUUUCCGGGAGGAGAGAAUUUUCACCCUGUAGCCCUCUCCGAAUGACACGACGCGAAUUAUAAAUGCCACACCGUCCUCGAGCCUGGCGCGAGACGCUCCAACGGGCGAUAGGGACUCCGGUCGUUUCCUCGCGCCGUACUUUCGGGUUUCGCGAAUUCGAGGAGGUUCGCUAUGCGCCCCCUUGAAGAGGUAGCAGCACGACCUCGCGCGGCCUCGUCGUGAAAGGCCGGUCCGCCUGCGCGAUAAUCCGUGGGAUGUUGCCGGGAAGAGUCUGAAGAGAGUGAAAGAGAGGGACAGAACAAAAAAAAUAGGCGAUAAGCCGAUAAUGAUGGAAGACGCGCCGGGGUCCAGCGCGACGCGAGAGGAAACAUGAAGUAACGGACAGCGACGCAUCUAGCUGCCCCCGGAGGGCUGCUCCGUCCCAGCAUCUGGAAUCAAGAGACCAGAGGACACGGAGAAAUACGUCAUGGAUUUCCCGAAGCGGGAGUGGAGCCACAGGCUCAGUCUUCGCGGUAGCCGAAGGGCUCACGAGGGCGAAAUCGGGCACAGAACGAUAACCGGGGCUCCCAGGACCACCAGAAGAUGGGCCAGCCUCAGGCAACAUGUGAGCAGCAGUCAUGAUGGCAGUCGACCCCGAGUCGAGUUGCUGUUCAAUACAUCGGGUUCAAAACCCUCCACGCCGUCCUCGCAACCGCACACCCCCAAUACGCCGCACACCCCGCCUAUCAAGAAGUCCAAUUGGGAGGUCAUCGAGCAUUUCACCGGCGCGCCACGUCCCUCCAUCAUCACGAUGGCAAGAGGGUCGGAGAUCGGCAUGGCACCGACAACCGGACGAGAGACUACGAUGGAAGCUGCAGCGAACGUAGGGAUCACGCAGCACACGCGGAAAUGCGCUCUGAGCAGAUUCCUGAGCUCGCUAUGCGGCUCUCAUCAUUUCAAGAACCUACAGGUUGAAAUGCUGUACCAGCGUUACUUCCUACGUAUGAAUCAAAGUAACAUGACACACGUGCUCGGUCUACUGGUCGGUCUGGCGCUCGCAUUGGGCCUACUACUUAUCAUGAAGCUAAUGCUGACCGACAACCCGCAACCGCUCUUCACGCUCCUGCAGACACCCGAAAAUCUCUCCCUUGCGGUCACCCUGGUGACCUGCAUCGCCGUGUACGUUGUUUUGGUAGCAGCCAUUUCCAGACCGGGCAUGAAUGAGAUAUGGCUGGCAGGUGUUAGUGGCGCCGUGCUGGUCACCCUGCUAGCCCUACAGGUGACCCUAAGCAUUCAUCUGGCGAAGUUGCACGAGGUGGGCCGCGACAAUUCCGGCGACACAUCGUUCUUGAAAUCAAAGGAACUUCGAACUGGGGGACCUCUCGCCGCCGCCUUGAUGGUAUGCUUCUUCAUCUACAUGGCCUACGCCCUUCUGCCAAUCCGACUCAGGCACGCCUGCAUCGCCGGGAUCGUCUUCUCGGCGGCUCACCUUAUCGGAGCCAUUCUACUCUAUCCGGACUAUCCAUCCGUGAUGGCACAUUUGCUGAGUUCGAUGGUCGUAGUCGGCGGGACGAACGUAGCCGGUGCACUGACACAUCACCCACGGGAAUUGGCACAAAGACAGGCAUUCCUUGAAACCCGGCAAUGUGUCGAAGCACGUCUGACUACGCAGCGAGAGAAUCAGCAACAGGAGAGGCUCUUGCUCAGCGUAUUACCGAGGCACGUCGCUAUGGAGAUGAAAGCCGACAUAGCCGGGAAGCCGAAGGACACGAUGUUUCACAAAAUUUAUAUUCAAAGACACGAGAACGUCAGCAUUUUGUUCGCCGAUAUCUGUGGAUUUACCUCGCUCUCCGACCAAUGCACUGCCGAAGAACUCGUCAGAUUGCUCAACGAACUUUUUGCACGGUUUGACAAGCUAGCCGCUGAGCACCACUGCCUCAGGAUAAAGCUCCUCGGAGACUGUUAUUACUGCGUUUCCGGACUUCCGGAGCCAAGGCCCGAUCACGCUCACUGUUGCGUAGAAAUGGGACUGGACAUGAUCGACGCAAUAACAUUGGUUCGCGAGGUAAUGGCCGUGAACGUGAAUAUGAGAGUCGGGAUCCACACGGGCCGGGUCCACUGCGGGGUGCUCGGUCUGCGAAAAUGGCAGUUUGAUGUUUGGAGCAACGACGUGACCCUAGCCAAUUACAUGGAGAGCGGCGGUAUACCCGGACGUGUGCACAUCACGAAAGAGACUUUAGAUUGCUUGGGCGGGUAUUACGAAGUUGAGGAAGGCCGCGGGGGCGAGAGGAAUGCGUACUUAAAGGACCAUAACAUCAGAACCUACUUGAUUGUCCCGGGAGACACAUUUAAGGGCAACAUAACUAGUUCCGGGAUGCGAAAAACCUUUCCGGCGAAUGGUAACGUGUCCAAAGAGAUGAGGGUUAUGGGUCACGGUUCGCAACACGGAAAACAAACUAAAUUAGGCUUCGGUGAAACCAUCGAGGGCGAAAAAGAUCCCGAGGACGAAGUGAACGAGUACCUAAUGAGAGCGAUCGAUGCCAGAAGCAUAGAUCGAUUAAGAGCGGAGCAUUGUACGCCGUUUAUAUUGACGUUCCGAAGACCGGAUGUCGAAGAGAAGUACUCGCGCGAGAGGGACAGGAUGCUCUCGGCUUAUUUUGUGUGCUCCGGUUUCGUCUACAUGGUCGUUGUGGUCGCAAUAGCCAUCACCCUUGCCGGGAGCGUAUACUUCUACGUCUGCACGGCGAUAAGCAUACUGGUGAUAGCCCUGGUCAAUGGUAUUUUACUGGCGGAGAAGAACGAGGGAGUGCCAGCGUGGGUGAGGGGCAUGGCGCUGCAGAUCUUCGAGAAUCGCAUCAUCGCGCAAAGUAUCGCGUCCAUCGUCGUGUUUCUGACGUUCAUCACGGUACUAUCGCCACUGAUAACGUUGACCGGAAGUGAGGCUUGCAAGAAUAACACAUUGUCUUCCGAGCAAUGGGUGGAUGAGAAUAUCAGUGUAAUGAAAAUGCCAGAGAAUAUCGAUGCCGUCGGUAUCUGUGAUUAUAUUCUUUUCUGCGACUUGUUCCCAGUUCUAGUGAUGCUGGUGAUGGUAACCUGCGCGGUGUACCAAAUCCUAACGUCGGUUUUUAAAGUAGCCGUACUGAGCAUCGUUGUGGCUUGUUAUCUCGGGGUCAGCAUUUACCAGGCGCUAAACGAGGACGACGUCGACCCCACUGGAAGAUGGUUGGCGGGGGUUUUAGUGGUUUUCUUCAUGGCCUGCCUAGUGGCACACUCCCAGCACACAGAGGCGACCUACAGAUUGGAUUUCCUGUGGAAGUUGCAAGCGACCGAGGAGAAAGAGGAAAUGGAGCACUUGAAGGCCUACAACCAGAAACUGCUCGCGAACAUACUUCCGGAACACGUAGCUGCCCAUUUCCUGUCUACUGUCAAUUCAGAUGAAUUAUACCACGAACAAUGCGACUGUGUCUGCAUUAUGUUCGCCUCGAUACCAAAUUUUUCGGAGUUCUAUGUAGAGCUCGAAGCAAAUAACGAAGGAGUGGAAUGCCUCAGGCUGCUCAACGAAAUCAUAGCCGACUUCGACGAGUUACUCGCCGAGGAGCAAUUCAAGUACAUCGAGAAGAUCAAGAGCACGGGCUCCACGUAUAUGGCCGCUUCGGGCCUAACGAAAAGCACCUGCGAUAUGCGGGAUUUCAAGCACGUAGUCGCUAUGGCGGAUUACGCACUGAGAAUCCGCGAGCAGCUGGCCUAUGUCAAUGAACACAGCUUUAAUAACUUCCGCAUGCGUGUGGGCAUCAACAUCGGACCGGUGGUCGCCGGGGUGAUCGGCGCCAGGAAGCCGCAAUACGACAUCUGGGGCAAUGCCGUGAACGUGGCCUCCAGGAUGGAUUCUACAGGCGUAUUAGAUGGGAUUCAAGUCACCCAGGAGGUCCGCGAUAUUCUUGUCAAUAAAGGAUAUCCGCUCACGUGCCGCGGGACAAUCCAAGUCAAGGGGAAGGGCAGUAUGAUAACUUACUUCCUGGACGGCCCGAGGGACAAUAUGAAGUCCAAUCAGAUGGACGUCAAAACGAAUUCCAAUAACAACACCGACACCGCGGAGAAAACAAUCGUCAACAAUAGCAGCGAGACUAUCUGA